AUGAAGAUCAUUGAAAUGGAUGUCAAGAAGUUGUUGUCAGCCUUUCUAUGCGAUGCCAUCAAUAGUUUUGCAUUCAGUAUCAAAACCAAUGCUCUGAAAGACCCAAAUCAACCGCUGGUCGAGUUUGGCCGCAAAGUGUUGGCCGUGGAGUUCAACACAGCGCUAGUGUUGUCCAUAUUUUUGCCAAAAGUGGCCAAACUAUUACGGGUCACCCCUUUCCCCGCCGAUGCCAUUCAAUACUUCAAGCAAUUGACCGAAAAACUAGUCGCUGAGCGAAGGGAAGAGAAUUCAAAGCAAAGUUUGUCACAAUUUCUAUCGCAUACUAAACCGAUAGAAACCAAACGCAAAGACUUUCUGCAGAUAAUGAUUGACGCGAACAAAGACACGGCUGAAGAGGAAGAGCUCAUCACUGAUCACAACACCAGCGAUGGUGUGUUUGAAAGAGCGGAUGACCGGCAAAACGCUUCAAACCCUACGGCCGGACGCCAAACCCUGUCCACCGUUGAGAUGACCGCACAAUGUAUGCUGUUUUUCAUCGCCGGCUUCGACACCACGGGCUCAGCCAUCAGUCACACGCUAUACUACCUCUCAAAGUAUCCAGAAAUACAGCAAAAACUAUACGAAGAGCUCCGGGAUGUGACCGAUUUCAGUGCCGACACACUGGCGGCUCUGCCCUACUUGAACGCUGUCAUACAGGAGUCCGUACGACUCCGGCCACCGAUACUACGGGUAGAGCGGGUGUGCAAUGAGGACAUAACCCUACAUAACAUACAUAUACCUGAGGGCACUAUAUGUACGGUAGCCACGUAUGCGCUGCACAGGGAUAGCAGGUAUUGGUCGGACGCGCGCACGUUUAGGCCCGAAAGGUUUGUUGGUUCAAAGCCGGCCCAUCCGUACGCACUCAUGCCGUUUGGCGCCGGACCCCGAGUGUGUCUCGGCAUGAGGUUUGCCUUAAUAGAGAUCAGACUGUGUUUGGCUAAACUGGUGCCCAGAUUUAGGUUUACAUUAUGCGAAAAUACUGUGGUAUGUAUUUUAUUA